CAUAUGGCCGCGCUCAGUACACAAAUUUUCUACACGUCAGCUUCAUUAUAUGCUGCAUCGUAUUUCUUAACAUUAGAUGAAAAAUGAAUAUUUUAACCAUAAAAAAGUCCUUCAAUUAUAUAUGGAUCAUCACUUUAGUUGUGAUUGGAAGCUCUGGCUUCAAUCCAUUCAUGGAUAAUGAAUUGCAUAAAAUUGAAUGGGUUGAUAAGUCAACUUUCAGUUCAGAAGAAAUGAAAGAUAAAGGUGUUGUAGAAAUGAUGACAGUUAAUCAUGAAAAAUACAUGUGUAUCAUUCCAGAGUUAACAGGGAAAGAUGAUGAGUCCAAGAAGGUGUAUGGAGGUUUAUCAGGAUUUGAACUAAUUCAGACAAUGUUCCAGCAGAGUAGCUGCUCCUACAGGAUUGAGAGUUACUGGACCUAUGAAUUGUGCCAUGGAAAACAUCUUAGACAGUACCAUGAAAAUAAGGAAUUAAGUUUAAAAAAGCCACAGGUAUUGGAAUAUUACCUGGGUUAUUAUCAACCUGUAGAUGACAAAAAAGACGUGUUGAUGACUGACAAAGACACAUCAGAAUCAGAAUCCAGAGCAGAGGAUAAAAAACUUAAGGUUAAAACCAGAAGAAUUGACCUAAUAGACUUACCUUACUUUGAAAUAAAUAUGACAGAUGGGACAGUAUGUGAAUUAACAAAUCAACCACGAAAAGCAAAAAUCUUGUAUGUAUGUCAGCCAGAGGGACGAGGAGAAAUAUAUGAACUGAAAGAAACAUCAUCAUGUGAAUAUGAAGUGAUUGUUCUAACAAGUGUACUGUGCUCUCAUCCAGAUUUCAAACCAAAAACGCCUCCAGUGUCUACAAUAUCCUGUCUUGCUAUGGAUGGUUCACCCACAAAACCAGAGACCCUGACAGAUUGGGAAAAACAGCCAUUACCACAGUAUGAUCAUCAGGUUCAAGGUAACUUUAUUCUACAAAGAGAAAUGAAGAAGGAAGAACCACCAAAACCACCAUCAACUCCUAAACAACCUCAAAAACCUGAUACAACAUUAACUGACACAACAGACAAACAGGUUCUCAGGGAGUUUCUGUCUGGUGACUACUGCUUCCAGGGAGGCACUGGCUGGUGGAAACAUGAAUUUUGUUUUAAUAAACAUGCUCGUCAAUUCCAUGAUGGAAGUGACGGCCGUAUUGUUAUCAACUUAGGAUAUUGGAAUGAAGCCAAACAUUUAGAGUGGAUUGCAAAAAAUCCGUCGAAAAUGCCAAAACCAAAAGGAAGUAGAAAACAGCUGUCUUUGUUAUACACUGGGGGAGAUACAUGUGAUAUUACAGGAAAAGAUAGAAUAGUAGAAGUCAAAUUAAAAUGUAUAGAAAAGAAGAAUCAACCUCAUUCUGUCUCUAUAUAUCUAAUGGAACCUAAAUCUUGUGAAUAUGUAUUAGGGAUUGAAUCUCCACUACUUUGUAAUGUAUUAGACAGAGCAGACACUCAAGGUAUCAUUAAAGAUUUCAAAGUGUGACAUUUGACUCUCCUCCAGAAGAUUAAAAGUCAUGAAAACUGUGAUAUUUUUUUUAUUGUAAUGGGUUAGGAAACAUUGGAAAUAUGAUUAUGAUCUUAUUGUAAGUGCUCAUCCUCUAAGAAAUCAUGUAAGUCUGUGAGAAAAAACAAUAUAGGAAAACAAAUGCACUCACAUGGGUAAAGUUUUCAUGUAUGCAAAAGUUGUAGACUAUGGAGCAAUGGAUUUUCUCAUUCAAAUAUUCCUCAAAUUGUCAUACAUUGCUUGCAAGUUUACAAAUCAUUAUCUUUGUGUUUGAUUGUUACAUAUUUGGUUUUAUAAGAAUUAGCCCAUAUAAGAAUAUCUUUAAAAAAGGCUACAAAUAUUUGAUUUUACCAUUCAUUAUUAAGAUUAAUGUUUAUGAAUUAGCCUCAUUGUAAGUUAUAGGUGAAGCAAAAGAACAGAAAUUAAAACUCUGUUUGCUUUGGGGUUUGCCAAAUGUUUGUUGGGAUUGUGAUGAAUUAAUACACCACAUUCAUUUUUUACAUGAGAUAACUGUAAGUUCCUCAAAAUGUCACUUCAGAAAAUAAACAUCUAAAACCUUAAAUCAUACAAUGCAUUUUAUUGUACAUUUUAGAAUGAUCAUCUUUGGUUUUUUUUUCACAAUAUUUUUUCACAUUUAAACAAAGUGUACAUCCAUAAGCAUUAGUUAAGUGCAGAGAUCGGUAAGAAAUAACAUCUUUCAAAAAAGAUUUUAUAAAGUGCUUUUUUUGUGUUUCUAGUUUUGUGGUGAUAUAACAUGGUUAUGAUGACUGUCUCUAUAAGCUUGGUUCAUUUUCAUAUUUGAUAACAAUAUGCAACUAAAAUAAAUUUGUUACUAUUUCUUUGAAUUAAUUGGAAGGUCAACCCACAGUUACAGGGGCUGUUUUUUCAAAUGCAUUGAAGAAAGAAAUCUGUCAAAAAUCUGAAGUUUUCAUUUUAAUAAAAUUGUGUUUUAUGCACAGUUGACAAAAUAUUUGUAAAUCCACUUUCUUAUUACUUCAUUUGAAUAUAACAAUAUUUUUACAUUCCAACUUGACACUAUAAUUCAAAAACUGACCAAAAUACAGACAUUAAACUCCUUCCAAUUUAGUGUACAGACUUUGUAAUUUUGUAUUUUUUCACAAGUGGCAUAAAACAAAAUUAUUUUUUUUUAAAUUAAUUUGAAUAAUUAUAUUAUAUUAUCUACCACUCAAUUUCAUCUGUAGCUAUGUUUAAUGAGUAAAGAAGAUGCUAAAAAACAAAUGUGAAAAUAAAAACUCAUUGAGAUUAAAUGUUAAGUACUUGGAAGUGUUUGAAAAGGGUUAUUACAUAUCAAAUGCCAAAACGAAGAGAUGAAGUUAUAUGUAUUUAUAAGAAUGGUGCAGAAUUAAUUGAAGCAGUAUUUUUAUACGACCGCAAAAAAAUUUUGCGGUCGUAUAUUGGUAUGACGUUGUCGUUGUCCGAAGACACAUUGGUUUUCACACUCUAACUUUAGUUUAAGUGAAUGGAUCUCUUUGAAAUUUUACCAUAAGGUUCAAUACCACAAAAGGAAGCUGGGGAUUGAUUUUGGGUCCAAAAUUAAACUUAGUUUGAUUUUAACAAAAAUUGAAUUCUUGGGGUUCUUUGAUAUGCUGAAUCUAAACAUGUGUUUAGAUUUUUGAUUAUGGGCCCAGUUUUCAAGUUGGUCCAAGUUGGGGUCCAAAAUUAAACAUUGUUUGAUUUCAACAAAAAUUGAAUAUAUGGGGUUCUUUGAUAUGCUGAAUCUAAACAUGUAUUUAGAUUUUAGAUUUUUGGCCCAGUUUUCAAGUUGGUCCAAAUUGGGGUCCAAAAUUAAACAUUGUUUGAUUUCAACAAAAAUUGAAUAUAUGGGGUUCUUUGAUAUGCUGAAUCUAACCAUGUAUUUAGAUUUUUUAUUUGUGGGCCCGCUAUCAAAUUGGCUCAAAUUGAGGUCAAAAGGGUCCAAAAUUACACUUUGUUUGAUUUCAUCAAAAAUUGAAUUAUUGGGGUACUUUGAUAUGCCAAAUCUAACCGUGUAUUUAGAUUUUUAAUUUUGGGUCCCGUUUUUUAAAUUGGUCUACAUUAAGGUCCAAAGGGUCCAAAAUUAAUCUUAGUUUGAUUUUAACAAAAAUUGAAUUCUUGGGGUUCUUUGAUAUGCUGAAUCUAAACAUAUGUUUAGAUUUUUGAUUAUGGGCCCAGUUUUCAAGUUGGUCCAAGUUGGGGUCCAAAAUUAAACUUUUUUUUAUUUCAACAAAAAUUGAAUAUAUGGGGUUCUUUGAUAUGCUGAAUCUAACCAUGUAUUUAGAUUUUUUAUUUGUGGGCCCGACUUUCAAAUUGGUUCAUAUUGAGGUCAAAAGGGUAUUUUGAUUUUGGACAUUGGACCAUAAUAGGUAAAUUAAAAAAAAUCAAGUUCUUAGACCACAUUCUUUCUGUGUCAGAAAUCUAUGCUGUGUCAAAUAUUUAAUCACAAUCCAAAUUCAGAGCUGUAUCAAGCUUAACUGUUGUGUCCAUACUUGCCCCAACUGUUCAGGGUUCGACCUCUGCGGUCGUAUCAAGCUGCACCCAGCGAAGCAUUUUAUUAUAUCUAUGCAAAAACAUGUUACAUAUUGUAAUAAGUUGUAAAUUAGAGGUAUGUUGUCUAUUUAUUAUAAUCAUGUUUAUUUUACCAAUUGUAAAUUUACUUACUACUGUAGGAGUUGGAUCAUUUGAAUUGUUUAUUUUAUUUCCAUCAAUUGUCAAGAAUUUUCACUCUCUUUGAAUACUAUCUUUGGAUAAUUUGGUUUUGCAAUAAGUACUUGCACUUUGUUGAUUAUUAAAAGAAAACUGCAUACACCUAUCAGAAAGUUGAAAUUACUUAUUUGCAAAGUGAAAAAAUAAUUUAUUGCCGUAAAAAGUUUUAAAAAAAAAUCAAAUAUUUUGAGAAAUAUCAUUGGUUUUAGUCUUAAUUAAUUUUGAUGCUGCAGUGAAAUACAAAAGAUUUGAAAAUUGCAAAAAACACAGGUCAGGGAGAAUCUCUGACAACAGGAAAAUAUGUCAAUUCAAAUAGACUUGAAAAAAAAAUUUCUAUUGGGUUAGUAGCUUCUUUUGCUGAUAGGUCUAGUCAAUUGGAUAGCAUCAUCAUUUACUGAUCACCUCACACUGUAGGGGUUCAAAACUCCCUGAUCAGUUGCAAGAAAAUAUGUUUGUUUCCAUUUAAAGAUGUAUUGUCUUCAGUCAAUUAUUGGAAUUGUGUAGAUUUAUUAUUAUAUUUAACAAGAAAAUGUUAUUUUCUCAGUUCAUCAUAAUUUGUAUUGAUGAUCAUUAUGUUAUUGUAAAGAACACAUAGUAAUGGGAGAUAUACUGUGCAGAAAAUAGACAUUGUAAAGUCAUUGUGUGAAAGUGUGUUGGAAAUGUAUUAAGUGUGACAGGCAAAAUUAUUUUCAUACUUUAUUGUAAUGUAUUUAUUUAUUUUAUCAUCUGUAUUAUAUUCAUUUAAUAUAUGUUUAAUGUUCAUUGCUUCUUAAAAAUGAAGCAAUUAAUGAAUAUUAAAAUGCUUUUUAACACAAAA